AGCAGCGUCCUGGGAGUGGGUGGCGGCGAGACGAGCCGGCUCCAGGCGGAGAUGCUCCAGUUGGACCUGAUCGAUGCUACCGGGGACACCCCUGCCGAGGAAGGAACGGCGCUGGAGCCGAUCAAGAAGGAGCCCCCGCCAACAACCAUGGAUACCUAUAGACCCAAGCGCCCCACCACGCUCAAUCUCUUCCCACAGGUGCCUCGGACGCAGGACACUCUGAAUAACAACUCUCUGGGGAAAAAGCACAGUUGGCAAGAGCGAGUGUCCCGGUCAUCAUCCCCUCUGAAAACUGGUGAGCAGACCCCUCCCCAUGACCACAUUUGCCUGAGUGAUGAAGUCACUCACCAAAACAGCACAACUUCCACCAAAGAUCGGGGCACAUCUACAGAGAGCCCAUGCCGACGUACAACAGCCACACAGAUCGCACCUGCAUGUGUUGCAUCCUCCCGGCCCCCUGAGAAACAGCAGAUUGCUAGCCGCCCCCCGCCACAGAACCCUACAGUUGUGGUAGUGACAAGAGGGACAGAAGCCUAUCGGGACCGCAUUCGCUAUCAGACAGAUGUGAGAUUGGAGGCUACUGAGGAGAUUUACCUUACACCAGUACAAAAGAAUUCUGACCCACUGGAGUCUGAGAAGCCAUUCAUGUCACAGUCCAGUGACAACCGCAUGUCUAUCAGCUCUGAUAUAGACACUUCCAGCUACCCACAACUGACAGGAAAGCCCAAUGCCUCAAUCAGUGAGGAGGAUGAGGUCCUGGACUACUUAUCUUCACCUGAAAAAAUGAAUGCACCAAGGACUGUAUAUGGGAGCAGCAAUGGUAGCUACCGAUCUUGCCGUGGCCUCCAGAGGGCAUCAGUGAGCUCUGACACCAGCGCCCUCUCCUAUGAUUCAGUGAAAUACACACUAGUGGUAGAUGAGGAUGUGCAGCUGGAACUUGUAAGCCUGAAACAAUGCUACUCGGGUUAUAGUGAUGAGAGCGAUUCAGCCACUGUCUAUGACAAUUGUGUCUCUUCACCCUAUGAAUCGGCCAUUGGGGAGGAGUAUGAAGAGGAUGCCCUGAAACGAGACUCAGUCUGUCUCUCUGAGGAUUCCACCCCUGAGGCAGACAUCCACUUCUCCAAGAAGUUCCUUAAUGUCUUCAUGAGUGGCCGAUCACGUUCCUCCAGUGCUGAAUCUUUUGGGCUGUUCUCUUGCAUUAUCAAUGGAGAAGAGCAAGAGCAGACUCACCGAGCUGUGUUCAGGUUUGUGCCUCGUCAUGAAGAUGAACUAGAACUAGAAGUCGAUGAUCCUUUGCUGGUGGAGGUUCAGGCAGAAGAUUAUUGGUAUGAGGCUUAUAAUAUGAGGACAGGUGACCGGGGCAUCUUCCCUGCUUACUAUGCUAUUGAGGUCACCAAGGAUCCAGAUCACAUGACAGACUUGAGCAAGACCAGUGAUUGGGUGGAUCAGUUCCGGGUGAAAUUUCUUGGUUCAGUCCAGGUUCCAUAUCAUAAGGGCAAUGAUGUGCUGUGUGCAGCUAUGCAGAAGAUAGCUACUACUCGCCGCCUCACCGUGCACUUUAACCCACCCUCCAGCUGUGUCCUAGAGAUCAGCAUGCGAGGAGUCAAGAUUGCAGUGAAGAACGAUGACUCCAAGGACCCCAGCAAGGGAAAUAAAUGUAGCCACUUUUUCCAGUUGAAGAACAUUUCCUUCUGUGGCUACCACCCAAAGAACAACAAGUAUUUUGGGUUCAUUACUAAACACCCAGCUGACCACAGAUUUGCGUGCCACGUCUUUGUGUCAGAGGAGUCCACCAAGCCACUUGCAGAGUCUGUAGGGAGGGCCUUCCAUCAGUUCUACAAGGAAUGUGUGGAAUAUACGUGCCCCACGGAGGACAUCUACCUAGAGUAGGGGCAGGCCAGGGCCCCCCAAUCCUGUACAGAGACAAGGGCCAUUCCGCAUUGUGCAUGGACAAGCUGCUUUGAGGCUGGAGGAGG